CAAGCGGUGGAAGCACGUGGUGUCUCUCUUUUCGGCUCCCUCUCCGAGUUCAUCUCGAACCGUAGCCAGUAUUGUUAGCCCAUGGGAACCCCAUAACUCGGCGCAGGUAUACCUGACGGACCUACGGUUAGAUUUCGAGGCCGUAGGCGUAAUUUCAUGGGUCAUUUCAGCUGGUACCCAUCAGCAGAGGUGUGGUUGUCUUUCUGUCAUCCUCAGUCCUCUUCUCAUGCUGACGAGAUUACUUCUUCCACCUGCUACUGCUCCAAAGCCCUUCUCAGUGAUGAUUACCUGCUGAAGUGGGGAGUACUUGGGAAACCUAAACCACAAAGCAUCAAGGACAUUGAAUCCAACAAGCAUCAACAAGACUUUUGUGAAAAGGAUCCUGCUGAUUCUGUGGUUUGUGACAUCAUCCACUUGGUGAUUGAGGAGGCACUUGGACUCAACAGGAGAGGUAAUAAUUUGGAUACACCUACAAGUGACCUAGAUCCAUCAGCAGGAAAACCUUCUUCAAAAGAAUUUCCCUCAGAAGUUGCUGAGGAACUAGUUGAUGAAUCAUCAGUUUUGAGCCAACUAAAUGGCUUCAUAAACAGUGCUCAUUCCUUGAAUUCACACAAAGACAGAAGCAGAGCAAUUCUCAUUGAAAACGAGAAAUCAGACCUCAUUGGGGAGACUGUGGACCUUCUGCAUUCUUUUUCUCCUGGAGAAGAAAUCUGCAAGACUGACUCAGACCAUCAUUCUUAUUCAGGACAGCUGAAUGGCAUUGAUGUCAAUAUUCCUGAUGAAUUAGAGAGAACAUAUCCAUAUAGUGUUCAACAUAAUCCUGAUGCUUCUGCAAGUUGUGCCACCAGUGCCAUUCAGACAGUCACAGAAGAAAGAAAGUUAUCUUUGAAGGAAACUUCGCCUUCCAUUGCUCUCGGUGCUUCUGAGAGGUAUUUGCAAAGCAAAGGAAGCUUUCAAGAAGAACUAGACUCUUUCGGAAAGUCAUUUGUGACCACACUCCUUAGUGAAGUCUUGAGAGUGGGUGCAGCAAAAUAUCAUUGCAAUCAAGCUGUUCAGCUGAGAGUUGGUGAGGAAAAUUUGAAUGAAGAAAGCACUCAGGGGCCUUUCUAUACUUGUGAAUCAGGGUGUUGCAGUGCAUUAUCAAAUUCUGAACUAAAUAGUAGUGAGAAAGAUCUGACUGGGUUAGUUGAGGAGAUGAAACCCCAAAAUCUUCCUCGAACAAAGCACAAGAAGAAGAAGAAGAAUAAGAAAAAGUCAGCUGGGAAAGUGUUCCCCUUUGUUAAGAGGGAUUCUGGAGUUGGAAGGUUGCUAGAAUGCCUCCGCUUGGAAGCUGAAAAAAAUUCAGUAAAAUCUGAAGAGCAAACUACAGAUACUCCUGAGGAGAUCCAGCCAACUUUGCCUGCCAUAUCUGACUGUUUGGAUGAAGAGGAUAGCACAGAAGAUACUGAAGAGGGAAUAUCAAAUCAGAAGAAGCUGACAAAAAAGGCAUUAUUCUCAGUAGGUUUCUUUAUGAGUCAAGUCCUUCCCAAGGCUGUUGCAGAAGGAAAAGAUGUCCAAGGAAGUGAUGACAACACAUCAUUGGCUCCUGUUCCUCCUCCUGGCCCAACAUUCCUGGCUGAUGAUGAGGAAGGGCCAGAUGCAGUUCAGCUGAAAAAAGUAAAGAAGGCAUUUGAGGACAUGGGCUAUGCCUUUGAAGCCCCAAAAGGUAUGUAUCAGAGUGGCUUUGCACAUUUUUACAAAACUGCACUUCCCAAGCAUCUGAAGCUGGAUUUCGGGAAGGGAAACCUUGCAGUCCCCAUGGACUUUGAACAGGGAAUAAAUCUUGAAGGUAUGCAGGAUGCAGAAACUGAAGAGAUGUGUGAGAUCCACCCUUGGGAAACAGACGCUGAGGUCACCAAUAUGGGAGAUGGUACUGAUGAUAGACUCAAUUUGGAAGCCUCAACCAACACUAAUGACAGCAAAUAUGAAGAACAAAAUAUUAUCGACAAUGAGGAAGCAGGAAGUGAUGACAUUCAAAUUAUCGAUUGUCAGGACAGGUCAGAGAUACCACGGACUCGUUACAAGAAGGAAAGAAAGCCAAAGCUUGAGAGGAUGCUUCCUACUCCCAUCCCUGAUGAUUUGAAGUCUAUCCCUGAGCUGCAAAAGUAUUGGGCUCAACGAUACCGCCUGUUCUCUCUCUUUGAUGAGGGAAUUAAGAUGGACCAUGAGUCCUGGUUCUCAGUGACCCCAGAAAAGAUAGCAGAGCAUAUUGCUGAGCGAUGUCGAUGUGAUGUGAUCAUAGAUGCCUUCUGUGGUGUUGGUGGAAAUGCCAUUCAGUUCGCUUUCACCUGUGAGCAUGUGAUUGCCAUUGACAUCAAUCCAGAAAAAGUAGCAUUGGCACGCCACAAUGCCUCUCUAUACGGGGUGGCCGACCGCAUCGACUUUGUUGUGGGGGAUUUCUUUGACUUGGCUUCAAGACUACAAGCGGAGGUUGUGUUCCUCAGCCCUCCUUGGGGUGGCCCUGCUUAUCUCAAUGCAGACUCAUAUGACAUGCAUCACAUGCAGGACAUGAAUGGCUUUGACAUAUUCCAAGCUGCUCAACAGAUAUCGAACAACAUUGCCUACUUCCUCCCCAGGAACACAAAUGUUGAGCAGCUGGUUCAGCUGGCUGGUCCAGGUGAGGCAGUAGAAGUGGAGCAGAACUUUCUCAACAAGAAAUUGAAAACAAUUACAGCAUACUAUGGUGAUCUCAUUGAUUGGAACUCUUUCAACUCUUGAUUCUCUGACUGGUUUUUUUUGCUUUUUUACUCAACUGUUUCUUGAUAAAGUAAGGC